AUGGCGGCAGGAAAUAGGAAGAACUCCAACAAUCGUUCCGGAUGUUUGAUGGAGCAAGGAAAGCGAAGUAGAGGUUUUGCCAAAGUUGCCACCUCUAAGGUUUUUGUUUUUUUCGUUAUUUCUCUAGUAUGUUUCUUUCUCAAGAACACCCUCAUCGUCGAAAAUGGAAAGGAAUUUAAUGCAUUGCAGAGGCACAAUGGUUUUUCAAGAAAGUUGGGUGAGUCUUCAUUGAAAGGUUUAAUGAACGAUGAUUCCGCAGAUGCUACCACCUCUGAAAAGAAGCAGAAGAAUUACUUCCAAAGGAAAGACGAAAAUUAUGAUAAAGUUGUACAAGAAUUAAAUGAGAAAUUCAAGAACAAUUACCAACACAGCGAAUCGCAGAACGACGAAUAA